GGUGCGACGUCGGCCGUGCGGGGUCUCGGCGUCGGCGGCGCGCGCGCUCCCUCCUCUCGGAGAGAGGGCUGUGGUAAAAGCCGUCCGGAAAAUGGCCGCCGCCGCCGCCGCUGCCGCGCCGAGCGGAGGAGGAGGAGGAGGCGAGGAGGAGAGACUGGAAGAAAAGUCAGAAGACCAGGACCUCCAAGGCCUCAAGGACAAGCCCCUGAAGUUUAAGAAGGUGAAGAAGGACAAGAAGGAAGAGCGAGAGGGCAAGCAUGAGGCCCUGCAACCGCCAGCCCACCACUCUGCGGAGCCUCCGGAAGGCUCCGCGUCAGGUCCGGCCGUCCCAGAGGCUUCUGCCUCGCCCAAACAGCGGCGCUCCAUCAUCCGGGACCGGGGCCCCAUGUACGACGACCCCACCCUGCCCGAGGGCUGGACCCGCAAGCUGAAGCAGAGAAAGUCCGGCCGCUCUGCUGGGAAGUAUGAUGUGUAUUUGAUCAAUCCCCAGGGGAAAGCUUUCCGCUCUAAAGUGGAGCUGAUUGCGUACUUCGAAAAGGUAGGCGACACCUCCCUGGACCCUAAUGAUUUUGACUUCACGGUAACGGGGAGAGGGAGUCCCUCCCGGCGAGAGCAGAAACCACCUAAGAAGCCCAAAUCUCCCAAAGCUCCAGGAACUGGCAGAGGUCGGGGACGCCCCAAGGGGAGCGGCAGUGCGAGGCCCAAGGCAGCGGCGUCAGAGGGCGUGCAGGUGAAAAGGGUCCUGGAGAAGGGUCCCGGGAAGCUGCUGGUCAAGAUGCCUUUCCAAGCGGCGCCGGGCAGCAGGGCCGAAGCGGGGGGCGCCACCACGUCCGCCCAGGUCAUGGUGAUCAAACGGCCCGGCCGGAAGCGGAAGGCCGAGGCCGACCCCCAGGCCAUCCCCAAGAAGCGCGGCCGCAAGCCGGGCAGCGUGGCGGCGGCGGCGGCUGCCGAGGCCAAGAAGAAGGCCGUGAAGGAGCCGUCCAUCCGCUCGGUGCAGGAGACCGUGCUGCCCAUCAAGAAGCGCAAGACCCGGGAGACGGUGAGCAUCGAGGUGAAGGAGGUGGUGAAGCCGCUGCUGGUGUCCACCCUGGGCGAGAAGAGCGGCAAGGGACUGAAGACGUGCAAGAGCCCGGGGCGGAAAAGCAAGGAGGGCAGCCCCAAGGGGCGCGCGGGCGCCGCCGCCUCGCCCCCCAAGAAGGAGCACCAGCACCAGCACCAGCACGCCGAGCUCCCCUCGGCGCCCGCCCCGCUGCUCCCGCCCCCGCCCCCGCCCCCGCCCGAGCCCCGGAGCUCCGACGACCCUGCGAGCCCCCCCGAGCCCCAGGACUUGAGCAGCAGCGUGUGCCAGGAGGAGCCGGCGCCGCGGGGGGGCUCGCUGGAGAGCGACGGCUGCCCCCAGGAGCCAGCUAAGACUCAGCCCGCGCUGGCCGCAGACAAGUACAAACAGCGAGGGGAGGGAGAGCGCAGAGACAUUGUCUCGUCCUCCAUGCCGAGGCCGAACAGAGAGGAGCCUGUGGACAGCCGGACGCCCGUGACCGAGAGAGUGAGCUGACUUGGCCCAGAGCGAUCGCGCAGCAAACCACCAAGAAUCACGGCAGCUGUUGUCUCUUCUCCUAUGGGUAGGGCUCUGACAAAGCUUCCCGAUUAACUGAAAUAAAAAAGAUUUUUUUUUC